AAAACUCUCAUCGUUACCACAUUGUUGUCUAAACCAUUUGUCAUGAAAAAUCCAAAGGCCACAAAUGAAGAUAAUUUAUAUCAUGGAUUUUGUAUCGAUUUACUGAAGGAAAUUGCCCGUCGUUUAGAUUUUAAAUAUGUUAUCCAUGUAGAGAGUGACAUGAUAUACGGUGCUAAGAAGAAUGGUACCUGGAAUGGCCUGAUCGGUGAAUUAGUAGAAAAGAAAGCAGAUUUGGCCUUCGCUGAUUUAACUAUUACAGCUGAACGUGAAGAAGUGGUGGAAUUUACAAAACCUUAUUUAAAUAUGGACGCCACAGCGUUAUUGAAGAAAAAAAACAUUGACGAAGUCAAUCGUGUAUUUGCUUUUACUAGACCUUUCUCGAUGAAUGUUUGGAUCUCGAUCAUCAUCUCAGCCUUUAUCGUUGCUCUUUACUUAUGGCUCAUUGGCCGAUUUAGUCCUUACGAUUGGUAUUUUGAUCCACCUCCAAGUAGUACUGGAGAUGAAUCGAAUUUUUCCAAUAGUUUGUGGUUUGUUGUAGGUGCUUUUAUGCAACAAGGUACUGAAAAUACACCUCGUUCUAUGUCAUGCCGCACUAUUGGUUUCUUUUGGUGGCUAUUUGUGCUGGUUAUUAUCUCUAGUUAUACUGCCAACUUGGCUGCAUUUAUGACACAUAGUCAGAUUACGACUGAAAUUCAAACUUUAAAAGAAUUAGCUCAUUCUUCCAUUACUUACGGCACUGUCCGUGAUAGUCAAUUGCAUGAAUAUUUUAAAUAUGCAGAAUUGCAUACCUACGAAGAUAUGUGGCUUAAAAUGAAAGCAAAUCUAAGUAAUGCUUUAGUUGAGACAUCGAUCGAAGGUGUGGAAAAAGUGCAAAAUAGCACUUACCCGUAUGGUUUUAUUUGGGAUACGCCAUAUUUAGAAUAUAUUGUCAAUCAUAAGGAUUGCAAUCUCUUCUAUUUGCGUGAAACUUUCGAUUCUAAAGGCUACGGAAUUGCA